AUGACUACAGAUGAAAGGAAUGCACUGAAGACGGCUCUUUUUACAAGAUUCAACAUUCCUCCAUCGAAUGAAUAUUGUCAAGUUGGUGGAAGUGAUCUUCAAUUUAGAAUUGUCCCAAAAGAAAUUUGCCCUAAAAUCAACGACACCUGCGUUAGAAUCACUUCAGAAGGAGAUGAAAAUCAAAAACUUGUACUUCGAGGGUGUCAAUCAACUCUCGUAAAAGCUGGCUACGAUUUGGUGACCAACUACUCCUGCCACCGUAACUCGGACGCAAGCAGCUCGUCAUCAGAAUGCGUCACCACCUGCCAAGAGCCGCUUUGCAACACUUCCCACGGACCUCAACACAUUCCACUGCUAAUUGCCUUGAGCUAUUUAUAUGUGUUCUGA